AUGCCUCCUCGGUACAAGGACAAGCAACCUCUCAAGACGCUGGCCUCGGCUUCCAAAUCGUGUGCUACCCAAUCAUUAGCAUACGGCAAGUGUAUAGGCCGGUCGUACACUGAUGUCUCCAAGGGCAUGUGCGAAACGGAAUUCAAGGCUUUCAAGGAGUGUGUUCAAAAAGCUGUUGGAAGAAAGUGGUAG